AUGGCCUUGAAUAUUGAGAACAUUGACUUCACAUGUGCCAACUGCGACAGGGGAGACCAAGGCGGCAGGCAGGACACAACGCUUGCAAGAGGACCGAAGAGGAAGGACUAUAAAGAUGAGUCUGGGAUGGAUACACAUUCCUCUCCCAGAGUGCGCAGGGCAACCACAUCCAGGGCUGAAAGGAUCUGGCCAGGGGGUGUCAUCCCCUAUGUGAUCGGAGGAAAUUUCACUGGAACCCAAAGAGCUAUCUUUAAGCAAGCAAUGAGGCACUGGGAGAAGCACACUUGUGUGACAUUUGUGGAGAGAACUGAUGAAGAGAGUUUCAUUGUGUUCACAUACAGAACAUGUGGAUGUUGUUCAUACGUGGGUCGCCGAGGAGGGGGCCCUCAGGCUAUAUCCAUUGGAAAGAACUGUGACAAGUUUGGUAUUGUGGCUCAUGAGCUGGGUCACGUGGUGGGUUUCUGGCAUGAGCACACACGGCCUGACAGGGAUCAGCAUGUCACAAUCAUCAGAGAAAACAUACAGCAAGGUCAGGAGUACAACUUUUUAAAGAUGGAAGCUGGGGAAGUGAACUCACUGGGAGAGACCUAUGACUUCGACAGCAUCAUGCACUAUGCUAGGAAUACAUUCUCCAGAGGGGUUUUCCUCGACACCAUCCUUCCCCGUCGUGAUGAUAAUGGGGUCCGGCCAACUAUUGGUCAGCGUAUUCGCCUGAGUCAGGGGGACAUCGCUCAGGCGAGGAAGUUGUACAAAUGCCCAGCUUGUGGAGAGACCUUGCAGGACUCAACAGGGAAUUUCUCAGCCCCUGGCUUUCCAAAUGGCUACCCCUCCUAUUCCCACUGUGUCUGGAGGAUCUCGGUGACCCCAGGAGAGAAGAUUAUGUUAAACUUCACGUCAAUGGACCUAUUUAAAAGUCGCCUUUGCUGGUAUGAUUAUGUGGAGGUGCGUGAUGGCUACUGGAGGAAGGCUCCAUUACUGGGUAGAUUUUGUGGUGACAAGAUCCCUGAACCAGUAAUCUCCACGGACAGCAGGCUGUGGAUCGAGUUCCGGAGCAGCAGUAACAUCCUGGGCAAAGGCUUCUUUGUGGUCUAUGAAGCUAUUUGCGGUGGAGAAAUUCACAAAGAUGCUGGCCAGAUCCAAUCUCCCAACUACCCAGAUGACUACAGACCUUCCAAAGAGUGUAUCUGGAAGAUCACAGUUUCUGAGGGCUUUCACAUAGGUAUCACAUUCCAAGCCUUUGAGGUUGAAUGGCACGACACAUGUUCUUAUGACUACCUGGAGAUCCGAGAUGGCCUCACUGAAUACAGCCCACUGAUUGGUCACUUCUGUGGCUACGAGAAGCCAGAAGAUAUCAAAUCCAGUUCAAAUAAAGUAUGGAUGAAGUUUGCAUCUGAUGCAACCAUCAAUAAAGCAGGCUUCGCAGCAAAUUUCUUUAAAGAGAUGGAUGAAUGUUCUCUGCCAGACAAUGGUGGAUGUGAGCAGCACUGUGAGAACACACUGGGCAGUUACAAAUGCACCUGCGAGCCUGGCUAUGAGUUGACAGCUGAUAAAAAGAGCUGUGAAGCUGCCUGUGGGGGCUUCAUCACCAAGCUCAAUGGGACCAUUACUAGCCCUGGAUGGCCCAAGGAAUAUCCUACUAACAAAAACUGCGUCUGGCAGGUGGUAGCUCCAGCCCAGUACCGGAUCUCUCUGCAGUUCGAAGUGUUUGAGCUGGAAGGCAAUGAUGUCUGUAAAUAUGACUACGUUGAGGUUCGUAGUGGGUUGGCUUCUGACUCCAAGCUGCAUGGCAAAUUCUGUGGCUCAGAGAAGCCUGAAGUAAUCACGUCGUAUGGCAACAACAUGAGACUGGAGUUCAAAUCAGACAACACAGUCUCCAAGAAAGGCUUUAAAGUUCAUUACUUCUCUGACAAGGAUGAAUGCUCUAAAGACAAUGGUGGUUGCCAGCACGAAUGUAUCAACACCUUUGGGAGCUACAUAUGCCAGUGCAGAAACGGCUUCAUGCUGCAUGAAAACAGCCACAAUUGUAAAGAAGCCGGUUGUGAGCACAAGCUGAGUGGUGCGGAGGGAACGAUGAGCAGUCCAAACUGGCCUGACAAGUACCCCAGCCGGAAAGAAUGCACCUGGGAUGUCUCUGCAACGCCUGGCCACCGAGUGAAAGUAACCUUCAAUGAGUUUGAGAUUGAACAGCACCAAGAAUGCGCCUAUGACCACUUGGAAGUGUAUGAUGGGCCCAACAGCAAGUCACCUAUCCUUGGCCGCUUCUGUGGCAGCAAGAAACCAGAGCCUGUAGUGGCCUCUACUAACAAGAUGUUCCUCAGGUUUUACUCUGAUGCUUCUGUGCAAAGAAAAGGUUUCCAGGCAAAGCACAGCACAGAGUGUGGUGGGCUCUUAAAGGCUGAAGUACGAACUAAGGAGCUGUAUUCCCAUGCUCAGUUUGGGGACAACAACUACCCAGGUCAAGUGAACUGUGAAUGGGUGAUUGUAGCUGAAGAUGGUUACGGGGUGGAGCUGAUAUUCCAGACAUUUGAGAUUGAGGAGGAGGCUGACUGUGGGUACGACUACAUGGAGAUUUAUGAUGGUUACGACAGCACUGCACCCCGCCUGGGACGCUUCUGUGGCUCAGGGCCUCUGGAAGAAAUCUACUCUGCAGGGGAUUCCAUCAUGAUUCGAUUCCACACAGACGACACCAUCAACAAGAAAGGCUUUCACGCCCGAUAUAUAAGUACCAAAUUUCAGGAUGCAUUGCACAUGAGAAAAUAGUUUGACUACUCCUCACAGACAUUCCCAUCUGAAGAUUGAGACUUUAAACUGUGAUCUUUGUCUGGGGUUUUUUUGUUUGUUUGUUUUUUUUUUAAGCUUCUGUGCACCUGGACAAAAGCAGUAUACAGUAUUUUCAGUAACUAAAACUAAAUCCAGUCUCAAAGGUUUGCCUCUGAAAUUAUUAGCAUGACCCUUUCUUGUUAACAUACCCAGGACCAAAAAUUGUCUUCUAAUCAUACCUGCCAGGGCAUAAACAUUGUAUUUUGCACAGCUUGCCAUGGGACUGAGUGAAGACUGAGACUGAAUUGAGAAGAGCCUUCAUCUCUUGCAUAUCCUGUUUCUAGGUGACAUUUCCUAAGCAUCCUGUACACAUGAGCUGUCUGAACACAUUUUCUGGAGCAGAUGAUGUGGACAGCCACCUGGUAGGAUUUUCUCAAAAUACCUUGGGAGCCACCCGCUCUCCCCUACCAGCCCAAAAUACUCUGUGCAAUAAGUGAACAACCAGAUGGCUGUGACUCCAUCACUCCUUCUGUCCCAUCUGUUUAUUGUCUUGGUUAUUGUGGGUUGAAAGGUAGGCAGGGGCACAGGGACAG